AUAGCAUACUCUGCCUCUGCGAUGCGAUCCAGUACGUCGGACCCGCAUCGACCGGUUGCGGUCGCCCAAGCUCGAGGCGUCCCCGGGCUCAUGUCCGUCAUCAAGCGGAAUGUAUGACUGUAACAUUCGAGAAAUGCGUUUCCCUCCUUAUCCUCCGUUGUGACACUGACAUUGUACCAUCAAGCACUCAUUCUACAGCACUUUCCCCCAUACAUGUAUCCGCCUGUCUAGCACUACAGCAUCCCCAUGAACAAUGUUAUAUUAGUCUCACCGAUCGAAUGUCGUCAGGCGUUCUACAGCCUUGUGUGAUUGCUGUCGCCGCUGCACAAUGCAGACAAAUUGAGCGUUUUCUCCUCGUUUUGUUGGUGCAUCUCAUGCGAGGCCCGCACGCACAGCCCGCCCCCGCAGCCACCGUAUGGACCACGCAUGUCGCUGGCUCCGAAGCAGAGCCCUGCGGUGCCCCGACGUCGAUCGGAAAGGCGCAUUGUUGCCGGGAUGAUUCAGCCGAAAGCUGUUAACAGCCGGGCCAAGCCUCUUCGUUUCCUUUUCGGGAAACGAUGUUCGCAGAUCCUUUCACAGCUUUCCCUGCUAUAAAAGAGAGGCUUGUCACCCUUCCAUGUGUUGCUCCAGCACCCCGCAACUCCACUCCACCACCUACUCCCUUCUGCACCUGCAGCUGAACAUGGAACAAAUCUACUCGAAGCGCAUCCAAUUCCACAUUGAUGCAGCCACCUUACUCCCUUCCGCAAAACGUGCAGGGAAGGCUCCCGUCCGUCCAGACGCCUACGUCAGCGUGCAGAUUGUCCGCGAUCUGUCCGACGCGGAUCAUCCUCGGGCCGCUACGGGCCGCGUUCUCCAAACAACUGCUGUCAAAGGAGAAAUGACAAAUCCGAGAUGGGAGCAGAACCUGGAAUACAUGGACCUCUCUGGCCAACCGGCUGUGGUGUUUGAGAUCAUGCAGCGGUCUGGCCGGCUCGGCCGACGCAGCUCGCUCAGUGUGGCGAAGACGGAGCCGUAUCCGCUCAGCACGUUGCUCGCCAUGCAGGGUGGGAACGCUUUUGAUCGGAGUGCGUCUCUUUUUCUCUCACGCGUCUACGGCAUCUCCGUGUUUGCUCAUCCGCUGUCGUUUCAGAUAUCGAGCUGCCGCUCCACUCUCCGCCCCUGCCCGCCGCCUCCGACGAAGCCGCGACCGCGGGCAUUCUGUCUGUCAAUAUCCGUGAACUUGCGACUUCGCACACGGCUCAUGAAAACGUCAAGGAGGCUGCCAGACGCUCGCAGGAGAUCAGGAGGCUAUCUGAGGAUAAUAUCCAAGCCGACCCUAGCACAAAUGAAGAUACCGCUCUCCCCAAGCGGUCUGUGCGCUGGGCCGCGUGAUCGCUGCAUAUAUAUAAAU